CUCCCUCUCUCUCUCUCUCUCUCUCUCUCUCUCUCUGCAAAUCCCUCGUCCUCCUUGUCAAUGUCUGCUGGUUUUCUGUUUCUUCCACGGCUUCUCUAAGAAAUUAGGGUUUCUCGAAGCUCUUGAAUUCCUUCCUCUAAUAAUUUUUUAAUCCUGGUACGCCAGCAGCCCAUCCCAACGCUCUAUACCCCAUCUUUUGCUCCCCAAGUCCGGUAGUUUCGAUCGUCCUUGCAUCUUCCGGAUAAAGCUUGCGCUACGGUUACCGACCCGAUGUCCGUUCCGGCAAUCGCUCUUUACUCGACCCCACAUAACGGUUUCUGCUCGUCUGCUUACGAAUUCCGAUCACCGGAGUGCGAAUUCAAUCCCUAUGGCCAUAAGCCGGCAGUCAUCGGCGGGCUUUCCUGCCUCUUCUCCUCGUCUUCUCCCUUCCGCUUAUCCACUGCGACCGCCUUCGAAGAACUUCGGCAUGAUCGAAUGGAGUCCUUCUCUACGUGCACAUCGUCAUCCUCCUAUAAAUGUCGGGAGCAGAGCCCUGUCUCCGUUUUACACGGACCCAUAUCCUGCAGCGGGAGCGUGGUGAGCUCUGCGAGGAGUCCGCCUUUGUUGAGAAUCCCUCGCGAUUGGAGUUUGAGCGAUGUGAGGGUGGGAAGGGAGAGUUUGCUUAAUGGCCUUGUUGGGAAGGCGGUGGGCUCUUGUUUGGAUUAUAAUUCGCCCAGUGUUUCUUUACAUAAAAACUUUGAUGUGGAGGAUCUGACCUUUAACUUGGAGGAGAGCUUUGCGGAGGUCCAACCCAGCUGUGAGCCCUAUGCUGUCGAGUUGCUCUCCGGGGCUCAAUCAAGGCAUACGAUCUUCAAUGAAGAGAUUGUGAUGAAGGCGUUCUCUGAAGCAGAGAAAGCUCAUCGGGGGCAGAUGAGGGUAAGCGGUGAUCCAUACCUUCAACAUUGCGUGGAAACUGCAGUUUUGUUAGCUAAGAUUGGGGCUAAUUCAACUGUUGUAGCGGCUGGGCUUUUACAUGAUACGCUUGAUGAUUCUUUUAUGGAUUAUAGUUAUAUUCUGCAAAGUUUCGGAGCUGCUGUAGCUGAUCUUGUUCAAGAGGUUUCAAACCUUAGCCAAUUAAGCAAGCUUGCACGCGAAAACAAUACAGCUAGUAGAACAGUAGAGGCCGAUAGAUUACACACGAUAUUUCUCGCAAUGGCAGAUGCGAGAGCUGUUCUCAUAAAACUUGCCGAUAGGCUUCAUAAUAUGAUGACAUUGGAAGUCUUGCCUGUGACCAAGCAACAGAGGUUUGCGAAGGAAACUUUGGAGAUAUUCGUCCCUUUGGCAAACCGUUUGGGCAUUUCAAGUUGGAAGGAGCAACUAGAAGACCUUUGCUUCAAAUAUCUCCAUCCUCAGCAACACAAGGAGCUAUCUUGCAAACUUCUUAGUUGUUUUGAUGAAGCGAAGAUCACAUCUUCUAAAGAAAAGUUGGAGCGAGCUCUCAAGAAUGAAGGCCUGUCGUAUCUCAUUCUUUCUGGGCGACAUAAGAGCUUAUUCAGCACUUACUCCAAGAUGAUCAAGAAGAAGCUAACUAUGGAUGAGAUACAUGACAUUCAUGGACUGAGAUUGAUAGUUGAGAAUGAGGAGGAUUGCUUUAGAGCACUCUAUAUUGUUCAUCAGCUAUGGCCUGAGUCUUUGGGAAGGCCCAAAGACUAUAUCUCGCAUCCCAAAUUUAAUGGUUAUCAAUCUCUACACACUGUUGUGAUUAGUGAAGAUAAGUUGCCAUUAGAAGUUCAGAUUAGAACGAAAGAGAUGCACCUCCAGGCCGAAUUUGGAUUCGCUGCUCAUUGGAGAUAUAAGGAGGGUGACUGUGAGCAUUCGUCUUUUGUGCUUCAGAUGGUUGAGUGGGCAAGAUGGGUUGUGAUGUGGCAUUGCAAGAUGGUCGAUGUUGAAAAAUUCUCAUCCUUUGGUGAUUCUGAUUCGGUAAGGACGUCAUGUCCUUUUCCUUCGCAUUACGAUGACUGUCCUUACUCGUACGCCCUCAACCAUCACUGUGAUCAUGAUGGACCAAUCUUCAUCAUCAUGCUCGAAAAUGAGAAGAUGUCUGUCCAAGAAUUCACACCAAACUCAACUGUAAUGGAUCUACUGGAGAGAGCUGGAAGAUGGAAUCAAAGAGACCAACCUUACAGCUUCGCGUUAAAGGAAGAACUGCGGCCGAGACUGAAUCGUAAGCCUGUUAAUGACCCCAGCCAGAAGCUGAGAAUGGGAGAUGUUGCCGAGCUGACGCCAUCCAUCCCUGAUAAAUCUCUCAAAGAAUAUCGGAAAGAACUUAAGCGCAUGUAUGAUCAUGGCCUCUCAAUCUCAGCCCCAAGAGGUACUACAAACCUAACCCUAAACCAUAGUUACCAUUAAGAAUCUGCACAUUUCUCCGUAAAUAUGAAUGAAUCUGUACAUAAUUGCACGAAGUGCUUGGAUUUAUUCAGAAAGGCUAAUUUCUAGUGCCGAUCUCAGAUGUAAUUCUUAUAGUUUAGAUUGGUUCAGUGCUGUGUAACUCGAGCGCUCUGUUCUUAUAGCUGGUUUGUUCAAUUGUUUUGUGUGUAUUUUAUUUGGUGAACAAAGAAUUAUAUAAAUGUUAUGUUUAGGGGCUGUUUGUUUGGAAGGAA